AUGGCGGGGAAUGAGCCAAAGAGGGAGAGGAAAAGGGUCUGUGCCCUCUUCUCUUCUGAUCCCGUGCUGAGGAUGUGCAUGGUCCAGAGCAGAGGGACUCAGAAGGGUUCCUUGUCUCCUCCAAUCCACCUCCUGAACAAAGGAGCCCAGCACGUCUUCAGUUCCCUGCCAUGGGGAUGCUGGGCUAACACUUACACACGCAAACACUUUCUGACAAGUGGGAGAAUGUCUCAGAGACGUGAUUUUGCUGGACAGCCUCCAGUUGUGGUUCUGCAUGGCACCUCUUGGGCCAUGGCUGGCAUCUGUCUGCCAUCCCAACAGGGCCCUGGGGUGGCCAAGAAUAACAGGGAAAGCCCCGCCCCCUCCCCUGCAGGAUCUGGGGGGGCGGGGGGCUCUCGCCCCUCUCUGCUGCCUGGAAGACUCGGGUCAGAACGAGGCUGCCGCGUCGUUAUCCAGGCCGGAGGAAGAAGCGUCCGCCGGUACCCGAGUUCGCAAUGCCUUAUGUGGUCCUUGAUGGAGCCUCACCAAAGAGGGCCAGGGAGAUUCUCAUCUACACAAGUGGAGCAUAGCAGUGUUCAUUCCAGCUAUUCCAGUGAGACCUUUGAGUCCUUCACAGAGGAGGAGGAGGAGGAAGAAAAAGAAAAAUGUCAACUGAUUGCGGGGAAACCCUCUGGCUCCUUGGUCUCUUCUGAAGAAUGCCAGGCCGGGUCCAGUGCCUCUGGGAGCCAACCUGUGAGCCAAAAGCUGAUGCCAAGCUUAAAGGAUGAAGAUGAGCCGUUGAAGCCAUUGGACUCUGCUGCUCUAGAAAGGAAAUUGAGUCCAAAGUGGAUCCAGCUUCUCAAGGGCAAAGAAAGUCACAUUGGACAGCCCCAGGCAGGCCCCGUGUCCCAAGCAGACGUCAUGGAGGCAUCAAAGAGUGAGCAGGACGCUCUGCAGGCUUUUUGUGCCAGGAAGAUAAACCUGCUGCGUCAUCAGCUGAGCCCUCAGGAGACACACGGCAGCAGCCAGCAGAGGCAGCGGCAAGGCUUGGAUGCAGGGAAGCGAGUGACAGAUGAAGUGAACAACUGUGUUGUUCCUCGUCAGCUGAUAAACAGAGUCUCUCAGCAAAACCUGAGGGCAACACCCAGCAAGGCAUCAGCAGUUAGAGAGCACAAGUGCUCCCAGUGUCCAGAGUGUACUGAGAAAAGAGGAGAGCUGUCCCAGCUGACCUUUCUGCGCCAGAAAAAGACCUUCCUCGAGUCCACUCUACUCAAAGAGAAGAUGGAGGAGCAUCACCACACCGAAAACUUUCUCAGCUUCAUUGGAAACAUCCACCAAAGCCUUCCCAGGCUCUCAGAUGACCCAGAGACCAUCUGGACAAGACUAAAUGCUCGAGGUCAGGUUGAAUUGAGUGGGGUUCAGCUUGGCCCCAGAGGAGGAGGUUGGAUUGAAAUAUAAGGGCCUCUCAUCUCCAUCCUCUUCUCCACCCUUUGAUGCAGCCAGCUGUUAAUAAUAACAUGAUCAAUAAACAAAUGUUUCUGUCAUGGUAA